AGCUUACAAGGUUAGGUUUUGCUGUGUUUACUUUGUAAUUAAAUCUGCCCCCCACCCCCAUCUAACCAUUUUUUGCAAAUUUCAAUUGUUAGAAAUAUUGGCAAGUUCUGCUAAGUUAAAUUGGUGUGUAUUUACCGUUUCAUGCUCCCUAAAUUAUGUUAUUAAAUAGUACUUACUUAUUACUUAUAUAUAGAUAUGCUCAGUUGAUACACCACAUGAAUAUGAAUUUCCAUCUACGGCUGGUAAAAUUAGCCUGAAAUAUUAACUCGUUCAAGUUUUGAUCCGUCCAUUUAUUAUUAGCUCCGACAAACUGAUAAUCAUUUCAGAUCUUGAAAUCUAACUAACACAUAUUUGUAUCCUUCUUCUUUCAUACCAUUUAUUUUCAUUCUUCUGUUCAUCUAAUAAACACAUCCAUCUAAAACAAAAAAAAAAAAAAAAAAAAACUCAUAUAUAGCAAGAAUGUAAAUCUAAGAAGCUGCUGCGUUUUUAAAAAUUUGAUUAAAAAAAUGAAAUCAAUCAUGAAAGAAUAAAGCUUUGAAGCUUUGGGAUAUUAUUAAAAUAAAAGAAAAAAGUUUGGGUCGGGUUAAACAGGUAGGUUUCUAAAAAAAUAAUUGAAUAUUUAAAACUGAGGGUGCGUCAUUUGAUUCUAAGCUUGACAAGUGUCUAUCAAAAUUAAGGACACAUUGGUUCCAAAGUAUAAUUGGAGAGGUAAAUUUAAACAAUUUCAGGUAAAAGAUUAGGGAGCAAACAACCACCGUUAUGGAUGGUUGUCGUCCUUUACCAGAAGAUAUAGUACUUGAUAUUCUAUUGAGGUUGCCAGUGGAAUCACUCUCGCGUUUCAAAUGUGUGUGCAAGCACUGGUAUGCUCUCAUCAAAAGUCCAAGUUUCAUAGAAAAACAUUUUCAUCACAAGAACAAUCGUUCCCGUCUCCUCGUUGGUAACAUGAAAGUGUCACGUGAAGGACUCACCAUCGUAAGGUCUGUUGUUUUCUCCUUGCUCCCUGAAAAAAUUGUUCCAGGUGUGACCCCUGAACAGAAAAUUCUACUUCAGCUUCCGAGGGUCUCUGAUUUCCAAUGUGUUGCUGGACCAGUUGAUGGCUUAUUCGUAGUGCAAAAGAAGUUUUAUGGAGAUGAUGCCCGCUUUGGCAUGUGGAAUCCUGCCACCAGAGAGUUCCGGUCUCUGCCUCCUGCGCCUUUUGAGAUUGAGGACUACUUGUCGGAUCAUGAUCAUCAAUUCGGAUUGGGGUUUGACCUGUUGACUCAAGAUUAUAAGGUUGUAUGGAUUCGAGUAUUCUGGGAUGAACCAGGACAGGGCCUUUACCCUCAUGUCUAUGCAUGUGUCUAUUCCUCAUGCAACAACUCAUGGAAAAACCUAUCACCUGCAUUCCCUUCCAAUUGUACCUUAAAUGCCCCCCUUGACGCCACUUAUCUCAACGGGGUUUAUUAUUGGCUUUCUAGAGGGCUAGAUGAAAUCUACAGGAUACGCUCAUUUGACAUGGGCAGCGAAUGCUUUGGGGAGAUGCAAGGCCCAGAUAUUCCAAGUGAAGACUGGGGAGCGCUUACAUUACGUGGUGACUCGCUUGCUAUGUUAACCGGUGACCCUGGCAAACCAAUGGUAUCCAUAUAUGAUUUGUGGAUAAUGGAACAAGAGGGAAGUUGGUCCAAAGUUCUUACAGUUCAACCUAGUAUAGAUGCUCAUUGGCCUCGCAACAUCUGGGAGAAUGAUAAGAUGCUUUUCGAAAUCAAUGGAACUUCACAGCUGGUGCUGUAUGACCCUACAACAAGUCAAGUAACAGAUCUUGGAUUUGAACUGGACCUUAGCAUUGCUGGCUGUUGGGCUUUCAAUUACAAGGAGAGUCUAGCUCCAAUAAAGAGAGGAAAUGAGACUCAGCACCAGGAUAAUGCAGUCGAGCAAAUUGAACAAUUCUUCAAUACCGUACCAAUAGAUGGCGAGCCUCUGUUGACUGUUGAUGAUGCAGACUAUUCGGAUUAAGCCUGGUUUCGGAUGCUGAACUUAAAUACAUUUGCUCUUAUCUUACUUCCUUGUAUCAUUGUGUUUGAACUUAAUAUUGCUUGGAUCAGUCAUCUGUGUAUUAUAUUGAAUAAAAAGCACAUGGUUUUCUCCCA